CAAAAUACAGAGACUCUUCAGCACAAGCAAUGUGCUUUCUACUGAGGAAGAUAAAUCUGCUGCUUCCAAAGACAGCACCACUAAAGUGGCAUCCAAGAGUCGGGAGGGUACAGCGGAAACACCAAAGCAGAAGUUGUUAGACAUUAUUGGUAAUAUGAAAGUAGAAGUGAGCUACAGGAAGAAACUCCAAGAGCUAAAAACACGUGAUAUCAAAAAGCAAGCCACAAACAAGCUGGAAGGCCCAGGCGGUGAAGGUACUACGCUUCAGAGAACUAUGGAAGACGCCCAGCGAGGCAAACCUUUAAAUCCAGAACUGGUGGAGGCCGUUUCUGCAGUUGCAUCUUCCCUCCCGCUCAACAAGAAACAGACAGAAUCGGAACUACUCGCCCAACUAAGGCGACAUGAAGAAACCACAGAUAAGCAGAAAAAGGGAGGAAUUGUUAACAUACG